AUUGUUUGAUCAAUGCAUUAUACAUGCAUCUAUUAUUGUUUCGUCUUUUUAAAGAUUAAAAAUUCAUUGAAUAUUAAAAUACUUAUUUUUAUUAAAAUCCAUUUUGAAGAAUCAAAAUGACUACCAUACAAGAAGAAAUAAAAGAUUUUGUUCGACGUGCUGUUAUUGCAACAGAUCCGCAAGAAGCUGUUAAGGAAUAUUUCUUAUCGAAGCAAGAAGACCGUGAUAUUAAAAAAUAUCCUGAAUGGGAUAAGCCAAGAGUUUACCCAGCAUUCGAAGUAGUAAGAGCGCGUUGUGAAUUAGAAAAAACCGAAGCUAGAUUACAUGCGAAAUGGUUGGAACAACAAAAAAAACGAAAGUUUAUGGACGAGCAAUGGGAGCAGAUGAGACGUCAGGAAUUGAUCCUCCGGGAAUCAUUUAUAAAAUUCAAUAGGUUCGUGAAGGAAAAUCAAGAGAAACGUGAUCGUGCUGAUAUUAAAGUUAAAGAAGAACGUGAACGUCAAACGAUUAGACAGGAAGAAAUAAAACAGAUAAAUGAAAAUUUAAAACACAUGUAUGAUGUUCGAGACAGAAUGAAGAAACAUGUACAAGAAUAUCAAAAGUAUUCACAUUAUUUAGACAGAGUUAUUGCCGAAACAGGAGAAUUUCAAUCAAUUGCUGAUAUUUUUAAUCGAUACGAAACAUUAAUAGAAGCACGAUCAGUUUUAACCGAACAUCAAGAUAAGAAUCUUCAUUUAUUGGAAGAAAGAGGAACAGAAAUGCAUCAUAUGACAGAAUCAAAAACACAAGAAAUUCUAGGAUUGAAUAAUAUGUUAGCACAAUUACAAGCAAGACGCGAUAAGGCAGAAGUACAAGCUCGUAAAUGGGAGUCAAUCGUAUCUGAAAUAAAAGUAACUGCGAUGGAAAAAACUUUGGAGCAUACGCAAGUGAAAACAUGUUGCUGGAAUCUAUAUCAACAGAUCUGCAAGAGAAAGGAUAUUCCCAUGGUUGUGAGCAAAGAUGAUAUCGAGCAACAAUUAGAUCAAAUUAAGCGAACAAUUAUUGAAUUAAAAUCGAUCAUGAAAAUUGCAAAAAAACGUGUAAUAAAAUAAGAAACACACUGUUUAUUUGAAAUUAUUUGUUCAACUAUGUAAAUAAUAUUCUAAAGAAUAAAAUAUACUGAAAUAUCAUAUUACUUAUUAGUAUUUUUACCAGUUUUACGAGUUGCAUGGCUAUGUUGAGGAUUCAGCCGAUUAUCUUCUGCCGUAGCUGCUUCGCGCGUCAAUGGGUGUUCCAAACCUUCGGAUACGACUUGUAAUUUUUCUUUUUCGACGCAUCUGUACGAUUUGAUGAUUUUUUUUUUAACAAGAAAAGGAAGGAUAAGAAAAGGAAGUAGAGAAAAAUAGAUGGAAUCAAAGGACUUACAAGGCACAAGGUUGAGUGGGAACAAUAUAUUCAAUAGGAGGCACUUUCAAUCUAGGUCUUCUUUCUUCGUCAAUUCGCAACUGUUGCGAUUUUGUAGCUCUAUCCAGCCAAUAUACUUUGUGGAACAUUUGUGUAAUUUGUUUUUCAAUAAUUCCUAAAUACAGCAUUACAUUACU